GUGCUUUUGUGCUGGCAGACAGGCAGGCGAUAGUCUCUUCUGUCCAUCCUCUUCGCCAGCUGCCAUAACGAAACCCCACUGUGCUCAUGGCUCUUUGCGCAGUCUGGUAGACUACAGAGUAUACAGACCUCUACAUUAUAGCCUUCACCGUCGGCUCUGCCAACCGAUUUUAAUGAUACUCAAAGGACCGUCUAAUUUACCGGGCCACGGUCGGCGCCUGUGAUUAGGAUUUCGAUGCGCACGACGAUUCGAUCAUUCAAAGGGGAGGAUCAGCUCUAACAUUCUGUGUCAAAUUACGGCAUUUACGCUGUCUGUAGUCAUUAUAAGGCUUCAAAGGUUAGGCUUCUCAAUUGACGGUUUCUAAUAUUAUUUUUAGAUCGAAGUAUUGUUUAGGUUUAGUCUAAUCAGAUCUACGGUUACUCGGCUACUACGCUUUCAAGGAUACGACGACAACACGAGUCGUCUAAGGAUCAUCUGUGUCAACGAGCUGAGGAGAAACCGUAAAAAUGUUCGAGACGAGAGGGAUUCCUUUUAUUCUGCUUGACAUCGCCUGUCUAAUUCUCGCGGGACUGCCCCUGGCAGCCCUUAAAUUGGGCCAAAUCAAGCCCUAUCAGAGGGGCUUUUUCUGUAACGAUGACAGCAUCAGCUACCCCUUCCACUCCAGCACAGUCACCUCCAAUGUGCUCUAUGGUGUGGGCUUCACUUUGCCCAUUUGCUCUAUGGUCUUUGGAGAGUGCCUUUCGGUCUAUCUCAAACGCAUCAAAUCAAAGUCCUCUUUCAGCAACAUGUAUGUGGCCCGUGUUUACAAAGCCAUCGGCACAUUCGUGUUCGGGGCAGCCAUGAGCCAAUCUCUCACUGACAUCGCCAAGUAUUCGAUUGGCCGGCUCCGACCCCACUUCCUGGACGUGUGCAAGCCUGACUGGAAGCUGAUCAACUGCACGGCAGGCACCUACAUAGAGGACUUUACCUGCACAGGGGACGCACACUUGGCCAAUGAGGGCAGGUGGGCUGUCUUUCUAUCUGGCCACUCCUCCUUCUCAUGUAACUGCAUGCUGUUUGGACUGUACAUCCAGGCCAGGCUGCAGGCAGGGUGGGCCAGACUCCUGAGACCAACCCUACAGUUCUUCCUGAUCGCGGCGUCUGUGUACACCGGACUGUCUCGUGUGUCUGACUACAAACACCACUGGAGCGACGUCCUGGUUGGCCUUAUCCAGGGAGUGCUCAUGGCCACACUGGUAGUCUUCUUCGUGUCAGACUUCUUCAAGAAGAAGGUUGAGCCUCAGAAGGAGGAUAUUCCCCACACCACCCUGCAGGAGACACCCACAAAUGGAAACCACUACGACAGCAGCCCCAACUAAACUAUAAAGGAGAGGAGGAACCAUCCGGAACCAUACAUGGCGUGUAGCCAGUGGGGUAGUGUUUACUGCAUGCGCAUCAUACCCCACUAAGGGACGGACCACUGGGGUGGACAGAAAGGCCAAGUACCAAAUGGCCCCCUAUUCCCUAUAUAGCAUAGCCUAUAGGGCUCUGUCAAAAGUACUGUGUAGGGAAAUAGGGUGCUAUUUGGAGUGUUGCCAAACCUAUGAAUGUAACCCUGCUUUGUGCAUUUCUGACCUGGAGCCUAGCUCCCUAUUGAACAUUGAGUCACACCCAUGUUGCCUUGGCUGGACUGCUACUAUCAUAGCUUCCUUUGUAUUAUCAUUACUAUCCCAACAAGACUAAUAUAUCUGUACCUGACUAUCCCAACAAGACUAAUAUAAAUGUA